AUGAUAAAUCAGCAUUUUUUUUUGUGCAAUCUUGUUCAAAUAGUCACAUUUUCUCCAAGAGCAUUUUUGUAUGUAUAGACCCUUUUAAAGAAGCAGCAGAAGCAGAAAGAAAUGGAGGAGAAAAAAGAGCUAAAAAAGUCUAAGGUUAUCAAAAUAGACUCUCAAAAAUCAUGGGAACACCACAUCUCUCAUGCCACCAAUAAAAAGUACCCAGUUGUGGUUCAUUUCUCUGCUUUCUGGUGUGUGCCUUCUAUAGUUAUGAAUCCUUUCUUUCAAGAAUUAGCCUCCACCUAUGAAGAUGUUUUGUUUCUGACGUUGGAUGUGGAUGAGGUUAAGGAAAUUGCUUCCAAGAUGGAAAUCAAAGCCAUGCCCACCUUUCUGUUACUGAGUGGAGGGACUCCCAUGGACAAAAUUGUGGGUGCAAAUCCUGAUGAAAUAAGGAAAAGGAUUGAUCAUUUUGUUAACUCAACUCAUUCCUACAAAUCUGUGUAAACCAUGCACAUGAUGAACAAGGAGUUGGCCAAAUCCUAGAACUGUUGUUCAUUGUACUAGGAACCAUUUCAUAUAUGUUUUAUAUUCCAAAGUAAUAUUAAUACUGGUUGAAUUCUGUGCUUGUUUGUGUAUGUUUGGUGAGCAAGGGAAAGUCACUGGAGUGUGAAUGGUACUUUGUAUUGAGUUUCAUCAUGAUGACAUUAUUCUCUUAUAAUAUUCUUUCUUGUUGUAUCAA